CCAACACUCUGUUGCCUGCGCCCAUGAUGACAGCACAGCCUUGUCGCUAUCACCUUCACUCUGCACGCUCUGCGCGGUUGCUACACCGACUGCCUUGAGCUUCGGGUGCCGUUCUUUCUAAGACCUCACGAGCCGGCCCGCCUGCAAACGCUCCUGCGACUUAGACGGCUGUCGCAAUCAGCAGUUAACCUCGAGAGGCAGCUGCGAUACUGAAGAGCUUGUCUUAAGGCUUAUUUUCUAUCCCUCAUCCCGAAGGAAGCAACGUCCCUGCUUCUCUUACCGACGUUCUGUCUCGGGCUACACAGCCCCACCACCGACAUGACGACGCACGAAGACACGGUCAUGUCCGACUUCUCGCGGUCGCACAAGCGCCACCACGAGUACUCCUAUCGACUCCCGACCCCGCCGAGGAUCGUAGUGCCGCCGCCCACCCUCACGUCCGAGGUGCCCGAAUUGACUGUCUCCUGCCUGCGCACACCCGACGAAGAGCUGGAUACAAGCUUUCUUAAGGAGAUGAACCUGGAAAGCAUCGUCCAGACGAACACACUGUUGGAGUGGGCAUACGAGCGGAGGAGACAGGCGCAGAUGAUCCUGCCCUGGCUGUACCUGGGUCCCUUGACGGCGGCGAAGGACCGCGACUUCCUCAGACGGGAGGGCAUCACCAUGGUCCUGGCAAUCCGCGCACGGGACAACAGCAUGAACGGCGCGCUGAAGAUCGCAAAGGAAAGCUGCCAUGAGGUCGCGACUAUUGAGGCCGCUAACUACUUCACCCUUAUCGGCAAGUUCUCCGAGACCACCAGGAUGAUCAACCAGCACGUCGCCAAGUUCCGGAAGUAUACUGCGGCAAUUGGCACCCCGCAGCUCGGGAAGGUGCUUGUGUUCUGCGAGUCGGGGAACGAGAAGUCGGCCGCCGUCGUGGCGGCGUACCUGAUGGAGACGCUGGAGGAGUUCGACUAUAUAAAGAGCAUGCAAGUGUGUCAGGCUCAGCGCUUCUGUGUUAAUUUCGACGACACUGUCAAGAACAUACUCCGGUCGCACUGGGACAUUCUGCAAGCUCGGCGUGCGCAAGUCAUCCCGCAUCUCCAGGCCCAGCAGCAAUCGGUAUUAAAGCCGAAGCGGACGAUUGAGGAUACCAGGGAUGACGAGGACAUGGACAUGGGCGACAGCACGGAUCCCUCGGAUGUGCUUCGGUUCGUUGGAAGGGACAUCACCCCGUUCGUGGACGGUUAG